AUGAAUAAUCCAUUAUUUUGCAAAAACCUAGCUCAAGCUUUUCAAUUUAUACCUAGAAAAAGAAUUAUUUCAGCCAAAUCUCCUCGAGAUUCCGGAGAAUCUAAUGCAGAUCCUUUACUCCCCCCCUCCGUGAGUGAGCAAAACCAUUAGAAAAAUCGCUAUUUUUUGCCCAAAAACCCACCCUCCUGAGCGAACAUUGAUAUAUAAGUGAUAUAGAGGUUUCCUCUAUAUAGCGCUGAAAGCGCAGACAUUUUCCCAGGAGCUUUCCAAGUUCGUCGGACCAAAUCGCUUUUUGGUCCGACCAAGGCAUUGAUUUGGUGCAACUAACCGAUAAAUUCCGAUCAGAAUUUAUCGGCCUUACAGCGCCAAACAUAGGAAACUUCUAUAACUAGUAUCAUGAAAUCUCGAGCUAAUUCUGUUUAAUUUAAACAAACUGCGUUUUUAAAACAUAAAAUUUUACAAAUUAAAUUAAUAUUUGCCUUCCAAUUUUCAAGAAGUGGGAUUUUUUUAAAAUUUCGAAAAAAAAAAAUUUCUAUAAAAUUUAUAUAUAAACUUUUUUGUUCAAUCAUGGAGGGGGGGUUAGCAAUCCAUAACAGCUCUUUGUUUCAGUUCAUCAAACCAAAUGCUCGUUUAUCUCCCAAGCAAAUAAUUCACCAAAAUAGAGAAAGAAUAGAAGAUGUAUUAUUGAGAAAAGGAAAGGAAUCCAAAGAAAAAAAAGAAAUAGAGAAAACCAAAUGGAUUGCUGAAAGAAUGUCGCAUUUUACUUAUUCCCCAAAAAUUAACAAGCAGUCAAAGAAAUUGAUAGAAAAAAAAGACCAAAUAGCCUUUUGCAGCACAGAACUAGCUAGCUCAGCAAGAAGAAGGUCGAACUCUUUAUCUGUGAUUUCAAAUUCUGUUAGUACAAAUAUUAAUAAAAAUGAAAGAGCCGCUAAAGGGCACCAUAUUGCAAGCAAUUCAUGCUCUAAUUUCGAUGAUUCAAUAAAAGCAAAGAAAAUAAUUCCUCAGUCAGCCAAAGAAAAUCCUUGCCAUUCUAGGGCGAAAAAUAAAAGUCAACCAAUAUGCUUGAUGAUACCUUCUAAAAAUGACCCAAAUUACCCUCAUGAUGAUGGCUUCGAUCAAUCAAGUAAUUGGCAUGCAAGUGAUUUAGUAGAAAAAGAUAAGGAAAACUGCUCAAAACAUAGUGUUAAUAAAAAACUGAGGAAUUGCAAAAAAGUUAUAAAAUCCCAACCAAAUAGCUGCAAUAACAGUAAAGUUUUAAAAAAUUCAUUUUUGACAGAAGCUUCUAUUGAUUCUGCCCAUGCAAAAGAUAUUGCUCGAAACUGCUCUAUAGAAAUUAAAACAGCCAGAAUAUAUAAAAAAAUAAUCGAAGACCGUAAAAAGAUGUGCAGUCUAAUAAAUAAUUAA